AUGCUCGCAGGAAAGGAGUUGGAUGCGAUGAGUGAGAGAGAGAAGGAAGGCAAGUACGAGGAAGUCUGCCGAAUAACCAACGUUGCGGCCUUUACAAACGAGCAUCAAUACUUGAAGGAGGGCUACGAGCGGUACUCGAAGCAUGGAAAGCCUUUCGUUCUUCCUGGCUUGCACUGGCCCGAGGUUGUUCUGCCCCCGGAAGACGUGAAGUGGCUUGCCAGUCUGCCAGAAGAUGUCUGCGAUGCCACUCACGUGCAGGAAGAGCUUCUUGGACUACGGUAUAUCUCGCACGGCCCUGACAUAGAGUGGGUGCAUGACUUCAGUAACAUCCGCCGUGACCUCAAGAUUCAUAUGACCGAUGCUCUCCCAGAAGUUCUGGAUGAAGUCAAGAUCGCUUUCUCCAGUGCACUCGGCCAGCCCCAUACUUGGACUCGUAUCAAAGCCCUAAAGGCCAUGAAGACGGCAACGAUGGGCGUUUUCAAUCGAAUCACUGUCGGACAGCUGCUGUGUCGGGACGACAAAUAUCUGUCCGCCGUACAGAGAAUGGUGAUGACUUUCGCACUCACUGGCAUUGUCUAUCGUUUUCUGAUACCGAAUUGUCUGAAAAAAUGGGUGAUGCCUGCUGUCUCGAAGCCGUAUCGAUGGGCAUUGACGAGGGCAUCGGCCAUGUACAUGCCAACCGUGCAGAAGCGAUUGCACGAAUACAAGGUUUCCAAGUCGAGAGACGGGCUUCCGAAUGACAUGCUGCAAUGGACCAUUGAGCGAGCUGUGUCGAAAUAUGGAUCAUCCGCAGUCGGUGUGCAAGACGUGGCGGAUACCAUGGUCUUCCUGAACAUUUUUGCUGCGAUUACUAUCGAUCUCGUGCUCGAUACGGUACUCAUAGACGUACUGAGUUACUCGCCCAAUUCGAUGCUGGUCCAGCAGCUACGACGAGAGGCAGAUGAGGCACUGCCACGCUUGAAUCAGAAUCCACUUGGUGCCUUGGCCGAAAUGACAAAGAUUGACUCAGUCAUCCGCGAGACUCUUAGAAUCCAUCCGCCCAACGACCACGGAAUGAUGCGUCAGAUAGUAAAGCCAGGAGGUGUAACAACACCAGGCGGACUUUACCUGCCAGAGGGCACCCAUGUUGGAGCUCAUGUGGCAGCCGUGCAAAGAGAUACCAAGACAUGCCAUGAUGCCGACCAAUACCGACCAUUGCGAUUCUCCGAGGACCGUCAGCAGGUCGGUGAACCAUCUACAACAGCAGUCCAUAUCAGUGACAAGUUCCUCCCAUUCGCGUUGGGAAGACACGCUUGUCCCGGUCGCUUCUUCGCCGUGCAUGUGCUCAAAUUGAUCCUGGGUCACAUCUUCACAGCAUAUGACUUCGAGCCUUUGAGCGAGCGUCCAGUCGUCAGGUCAAUCGGCGGUAUUAAUCUUCCAGACGAUAACACGUUGAUCGGUGUUCGAUUGAGGCAGAGGCAUGCUGGCUCGAAGAACUGA